AUGUACGGACUAAAAAUAAAGCAUGCUCAAUUUAAUAAUAUAAUAUUGAGCUUUGCAUAUAAAAUAAAACAUUUGAGAUUUCCUAAAAGAUAUGUUUUUCAUUUGGAAAGAAAAACAAAAGGAAAUGAAGUAAUUGUUAAUCGUUCCAAUAUAUUAAGAACGAUAGAAGAAAAAGUCGAUGAGGAAAAUAAUGUUAUGCUAAAAUUUAAGGACAACAUAAAUGAUGAUGAUAUAGAAAAAAUAGUUGAUAAAAAUAAAUAUCAAGUUGAUAAUAGUUUUUGUAAUUAUUUAAUUAAGAGAAAGAAAUUUUUAAGUUUCUUUUCUUAUGAUAUAAAAAAGUAUGAACAUAAUAUAUUAUAUAAAAAAAGUGAUGGGUCCCUUUUGGCGUAUUUAUAUUCAAAUAAAAUUAAACCAUUGAUAUAUGCGGAUAGGAUAAGUAAUAUAUUAUAUGUGAAUUGUAUAAAUUAUGUAAAUAAAAAUAAAAAAAUUGAACAUAAUAUUCAACAUAAUAAAAAUUGUAAUGAUAAUAUUCAUUUCUAUAAUAAACAAGCUAGCAUAAAAGAAAAAAAAAAUCUUUUUGAUAUUUUAUAUAAAAAGUAUAGUUUAGUUUUUUUAUUUUCUGAUAUAACACACAUUGAUGAAAUGAAUAAAUAUUUCAUCUAUUUUUCUAAGCAAAUAAAAAUAUCCAAUAUGGAUAAUCCUCAUAAUAAUGUUGGACAUACUCAAGAGAUAUAUGAAAACGGUAAAAUUUUAAAAUUAAGAAAUAAACAAAAACCAAUCCAUAUAUUUUAUGGUUACUUAUCACCUUAUAAUUUUAUAUUAUCCAAUUAUUUUAGUACGAAUUUUUGUAUGAAUUUAAAAAAUACAUAUUUUCCAAAUGAUAAUUUUUUUUAUAUUAAUAGUAAAUUAAAUAUAAACGAUAUGAAUGCUUUAUUAUUACAAGAAGGAAGACAGAACUUACCAUCCAUUUUAUUAUUUGAUGAAUGCUGUUAUGUUAGGUAUCAUAUUAAAGGUUUAUAUACUAACGAAUCUGCAUAUUACUUUUUCAACAUAUUAAAAAAUUUGUAA